ACUUCGGAGAAUUAGAGCUUGCCGCGGUGCACCCGCGUGUGUCUUGCAAUACAGCCAUCUACAUGGUGCGUGAUUGCAGUAAUCCACCCCGUGUACCACUCCACACGCUGUCUCUUCCCCCAGGGUCCUGCAGGCCAGACAAACACCUGCCCACUGCCUAGAUGCACUGCAACAAAAGACUAUGCCUGGCGCCAUGACCGCGGUGCGCGUGCCGCGUUUACGGGCUCAGAUCUAAGCCGGAAAAAAAAAAAAAAAUUCCAAAACAACAACAGCAAAAUGAACCUGCCUCUGCCUUGAAUUCUUUUGUAGACCCCAUCCCUAUGGCAUUUUAUGUUUAAUUCACUGAGUCCACCGGGCAAUGCGGCUGUUUACCUCUUGCGGCUCUGAGCCCACCACGGCACCGCAAGGGGCGUGCAGCCUGUGCUUAAUGCCGCUUGGGUGGACUGUUGCAAUUCAAAGGGCAUCAUCUGCUGUACGGUGCUCACACCAGAAGGGGAGAGACUGGCAGGGGGGCUGACAAGGAGUUGGAGAGGGGCUAGAUGAACUGAACACUGAAUCGGCAGCAGGUUCCGGCGGCCGGAAGCCGCGAGUCUCGGUGGCUGUUACUGCCGCGGCACGGUUGGCUGGUGGGUCAGUGCGAAUCGGAUUGUCUAGUCUUUAAGACCACUCUAAAUCAGCCAUGAACCACAUCCCAAAUCGCCUUUUACCCUUCCCCAGAAGGCAGAAGUCCGAGGCCUGCUCUAGGUAGGGGGUCUUCCGGUAAGCCCUACACCCCCUCCCCUAUCUGCGCGGCCGCUGCAGCGGCAUCCACAGUACCGCGUAGGGGUCUUCGCUUGAUUUUUUCCGCAGUGCACCGCCGAGACCCUUAUUUCUACUGCGUCACCAUCCACAUAAACAAAACGAGCCUUGACUGCGUCUUAUUAAAUCACUACUGAGAACCCCCGUCCCGAAGUGUAAUGGGGAAGGGGGACGUUGAAGGGAUUUACCAGAGCUAUCCUCCACAAACAGCAAACAAAAUAAAUAAAUAAAUAAAUAAAUGAAUAAAACUGCCCCGGAGCAUUUAAAAACAUUUUUUUUGUUCGCAUUUGGGAGCCUCUCAUCCUUCGCCACCUCGCCGCCCUUCCGGUGGGCUCACGACCACCUGUCGCAUUUGUAUGCACGCGCCUCUACCCCUUCACAUGUAUCUUAAAGGCUCCUUUUCCUGACUUGGAACUGAAUAUGGGUAAUUGCCCGAGUCUGGGGUCUUCAAAUAAGGAGUUUGCCGCAUACUGGGGUAAUCUGGGGUGAUGGAGCCCUCCUGCAGUCCCUCCUCCCCUCGCGAAGAAUCAGAUGGGGCGGGAGGGUUUCUGCUCCUGUACUCUGACAGACCAAUGCCCACGUCUUACGUCACGUGUCCCAGCAACGCGCACGGGCGCGCGCGCUCGCUCUGGCCAAGAGAAAAGCGAGCAAGAGAGACUCAGAAUCAGUCCGGGAGAGGAGAGGAAGGAGGAAGGAGCUGAGCGUCCCUACGAGGCCUGCGCUCAUCAGCCCCCUUACCCAAAGUCGGGAAUGGCCGGCACGGGGAGCCCGCUCCCGGAGCCGGCUCAGCACUGAGACCGGCGUCCUCUGGCGGCAGAGAAACAGUUUUGCUUACGAUUUUCGAGACGAAUCGGCACGCUCCUAAUUGCCAAGAAGGCGGGGCUAAACUAUAAAAAAGUACGAAGAAGAAAGAGAAAAGUUCUUCGCGUGACUGGCCGACCACAGCCUGAAUGCGUAAGGGUGACUAGGAAGGCUUCAGACUCUUAUCAGCAAGAAAUGAGUUACUUCAGCCAUGGUUUUGCGCUUUAGCCGCUGAGCAUUCGUCCUUACAACGGUUGGAAACUGAGGCUGCAGAACUUUCCAGCCUAUACUUGCAUAUUUUAAAAAAAAAUUUUUUUUCACCCUAGUUUGGCUGGGUGCUCCGUCUUACGGGGCCCCAAAUUUAUUUUGAAAAACCGCCACCGUGUUAUGGGCAUGCGCAACUGCCUCCACGGCAACAAUAUGCCAGGACAACCAAAUAUCCCCGCUGAAGUCGGGGAGCAGCCCGAGCAAGAACCUUUGGAGGCCCCAGGGGCAGCUGCCCCCGGUCCUGGGCCUGGCCCAGCCGAAGAAAUGGAGACCGAACCGACUGACAAUGAGCCCAUCCCCGACGAGACUGCGGUUGAGGUCUGUGGACCCCCUGAAGUCUCCAGAUCUGAUGUCCAGGGCCUCCGCCAGGCCUUCGAGGAAGUCCGAGUGGGUGGAGACUACAGCCCACCUCCGGAGGAAGCCAUGCCAUUUGAGACCACACAGCCCGACCUCGGAGGUUUCUGGCCCGUUCUGGAGCAGUCUGGAACAUCUGGGACCCAAGCAGGCCUCAAAACCUUCAACCCAGCGCUUUUGGAGCCCGGGACCCCCAGUGGUGCGAACCCAGGCCUGGGAACCUACAGCCCCCCACCAGAAGAAUCUAUGCCAUUUGAGUUCAACGAACCUGCCCAGGAAGUUGGUAGCCAGUCGCCCUUGCAAGUCCCGAUCCUUCCUCCAGGAGGUCCGGAAGCAGAGGUCCUCAGAGCGCUUCCCGCGGAGCCCGGGAACUUCAGAUUUGCAAAUGCUGGCUUCCGAGAUGACUACGGCCCUCCACCUGAAGAGUCCGUGCCAUUUGGGCUCGAUCGAGAUGAAUUUGGGGGCGAUAGCCCACCCCCAGGGCUCCCCCGAGUCAUGCGACAAAUCGGCAUUGGCGGCGAGUUCCCGUCAGUCGCGGUCCCGAGUGCGCUCAGCCUCGCUCCCGGCGAGAACGCGCCUCCCCUCUGGGUCCACAGCGCCAUUGACAGACCGUUCAGCGAGGCUAUCAGAUCUCCUCCCAACUUCGCAUGCGACACCCCCCCGAUGGAGAUCUCCAGACCCCUGCUUGAGAUUGGCAGAGCCUCCGCUGGGGUCGACGACGACACCACUGUCAAUAUGGACGGCCCCCCAAUCGCAAGUGAUGGCCCGCCCAUCGAAGUCUCCGGAGCCCCAGAUAAGAGCAAGCGCGCAGAGAGACCCCCAGUUGAGCGAGAAGCAGCCGAGAUGGAAGGAAGCCCUACCACCGCAGCUGCGGUGGAAGGAAAAGUCCCUUCUCCGGAGAGAAGAGACGGAUCCUUCACCCAGCCAGAAGCCAUGGAUCCCAGCCCAGUACCUGAUGCCCGAGCCGUCGUCACCGAACCUGACGCAGCCACCGGCGGAUCUCCUCCGGCCACAGCAACACCCGCGGAUCUCCAAGCCGAUCCUGAAGAACUCGGAGAAGCCCCUGCAGUCCGCGCAGAUCCUGACGGAGGGGCAGCCCCGGUCGCCCCAACCACCCCUGCCGAGUCUGAAGGCGGCGGAGAGCCAGCCGCGGAGCCAGCCGUGGAGCCAGCCGUGGAGCCAGCCGUGGAGCCAGCCGUGGAGCCAGCAGGCGAGCCAGUCUCCGAGGCAGUCCCUGCCGCCAAGGCCGAGUCUGCCUCUGGGGCAGCCCCCGACACCCAGGUGGAGCCCGCGGUCGCGGCAGUCUCUGCCACCUCGGCGGAGCCUGCCGCCCGGGCAGCCCCCGUUACCCCUCCGGAGCCCGCUCCCCGGCCAAUCCCCACUGCUAGAGCUCACCCAGCUGCGGGGGCAGUCCCUGGCGCCCCAGCGAUGUCAGCCUCCGCUAGGGCAGCUGCCGCUAGGGCAGCCUAUGCAGGUCCUCUGGUCUGGGGAGCCAGGUCACUCUCGGCUACUCCCGCGGCCCGGGCAUGCCUCCCUGCCCGCGCAGCUGCCGCCGCCCGGGCAGCCUCCGCUGCCCGGGCAGUCGCUGCCGGCCACUCAAUCGCUGAAGCCCGGGCCAUGUCUAUCCGGGGAUUCCCUCCUGCCCCAAGCAGAGCCCAUCUUAGACCCCCCAGCCCCGAGAUCCAGGUGGCUGACCCGCCUACUCCGCGGCCUGGUCCGAGGGCGGCUGCCUGGCCCGACAAGUAUGAGCGUGGCCGAAGCGGCUUCAGGUACGAGGAGGCAUCGUCCGUCAUCUGUGAGAUCGACUCCUCUAGUGAUGAGUCGGAAGAAGGGGCCAACGGCUGCUUCCAGUGGCUUCUGCGGCGAAACCGCCGCCCCGGCCAGCUCCGGCGCCACUCGGUCGGGUGCAACCCAGUCCGCAACUUCUUCAUCCGAACCUUCGGAAGCUGCUUCGGUCUAUCCGAGAGAUCCCGUUCCCUCAGCCCCGGGAAGGUCAAGGAUCCUUUCGAGGAGAGGCGCAAACAGAUGCGCAAAGAAGCCAUUGAGAUGCGAGAGCGGAUGCGCGCAGACAAGAAACGCAGCAAGGCCAUCGACAAGCAACUGGAGGAGGAGAAGAUGGACUACAUGUGUACGCACCGCCUGCUGCUUCUAGGGAGAAAAGUGGUGCCGAGCCACACUGAGGGUCGUUACCGGCCGGAGGCCAGCGCCAGCGCCAGCGGUCGUAGGCUGGACAGGCGGGGGCGUGAGGUGAGCCAGGAACUGCUGGGGAGGGCCCUUCGGGGCUCCCCCGGCUCGAUUGUUCGUGACCGCGGUGGGCUAGGGCCAUCGGGGUGCGCGCCCCCGCCUCGCCUGGCACGGCUGCUUCGACUCAGACAGCUUGUUGUUAGUGUGUGUUGGUGUCCAUUUUCUGUGUCCGCCUGUGCAUGACAUGCUCAGUGUGUCCCAGUUUCCAUCCCUGGCACCUUCAAUGUACCCGCCGAUUGUGUAUUUGUACUCUGAAAUGGGCUGUCUUGUGAUUUGCGCCAUGGCGCGAGCAAAACUUUCCGUGUUGGCACACUCAGUGAUACCUGUGCGUAGACUCUCUGCAUCUAGCAGAGGGAAAAACGCGCAGGGAAAGGUGGUGGGGCAUCCUGGGUAAUCUGCUGGGCCGCUGGCCCGGGGGAGUGGGGCCGCAGCCGCGGGCCUCCAUAACCUUUUUCCCCUGUAUGUUUCUCUCUCUUUUUCCCUUUGCGCUAAGCAUUUCCUCACUUCUCAAUACGUACGUCAAACCCUCCCGCCUUAACGGUUGAAAAACCAGACACUCAGGUAUCUGGGGCUUUGGGGUUAUUCAUAAUAUCUGUAUUUUGUAUUCUGUACACACACACACACACACACACACUGGGCCCACCUGGGGGGAGGUACAGGGGGGAGGAGGAGGGAGGGGGACACUUUAGCCCUGUUGGCAAGGCCACAUUGUAAACACACAGGGUUGAUUUCAAGGGGGUGGGCGUGGCUGGGUUUAAAAAAUAUAUGAAAUAAUUUUCUUCUUAGCGAAGAGCCCGAGGUAAGCCAAUCACUUACAUUUUUAUAGCCUAUGGUAGGAGGGGCCUGGUUUUAAAAGGUUGGGAGUUGUGUUGGGAGUGCAAUCUUGCCUUUGUAUUUUAAUUGCAAUUAAAAUAAACAAAAUAAAUAAUUUGAGUGCAUACUAAAUGUGUGGACAAUGCAUGGGAACCUGGAAAUAUUACUUGUGAACUGUGUAAAUGUUCGCAUGUGAAUCUUUUUCAAGCAGCUUUAGCUGAGGGAAAGAGGAUGGAAGGUAAGAUCUUCUCUAAAUCAGUUUGGGGUAAAAAAAAAAAUAAAGAUUUUAGGAUGAAGAUUAAACAAACGUUAUGCCAGCCAGAUGGGUGCCUUUGGAAGCCCUCAUCUCCCCCCACUCAUCUGUUCAACUCGCUACCCAGCUCUCCAUGUCCCCUCCUCUCGCCAAGACCCCUCCCCUCAUUCCACAGCCAGAGUCCCUCCUCCCUCCAGACUUCUCAUCUCCAACCUGAGGCAUUCAUUCUUCUUGCCAGAUUAAUCAGAACAGCAAUUAACAAUGGUCUGGAUCUGUGGCUUAAAUAAAAUCUUCACGAGUGAAUCUCUAUGAUUAUUUUAUUUUAUUCUCUAAGACCUGUCAAGGGAUCUCAGGAUCACAGUUUCUGAGGCUGUGCUACAUUUGUCUAUUAAAUAUUUGAUAAUCUGUGACCGUGUUUAUUAAAGACAUUGAUGAUGUGACUGUGAUGUUGUGAUAUGCCUCCCACGAAUCAUGAUUUUAGAUGGGAUGGUCAUUUUGUUUAUGCCUACCCGGGGAAAUACUGGUAUCAUUCAGUCCAACACACAAAAGGGGAAGUAGGUUUCAAUUUCAAAUGUCCCUGUUACAUGAAAAGUAUAGUACCUUACAUGACAAAGUUCUGGUCUCAUUGAAGGCUCAUUUCCAUACUUUAGGAAGCUGACCUGUGAUUUGGGGGACCGGGGCACAAAUGUCUGCAGAUAGAGGGCUGUGCACUUCUGAAUACAGUAUGCCUUAACAUCCUGGGGCCUCCGUUGCCUCGUUUGAGAAACAAAGCUUUCCUCUAGGAAAUGUUCAUUAAAGUGCCCUCCAGCACCAGGGUGUGGGUCUUCUGUCUAGCCCCCACCCCAUGCAGGGAGAAGGGAUGGAGGCUUAUACUAUCCAUUAAUGCAGUUCUCUGCACCAAACCCCAUGUCUGGGGCUAGGUUUUUUCAAAAUAGUAGAAGCUUCCUUUGCUUCCCCUAGAUUUUUUUUUUUUCUAGAGGGGAUAAUUAAACCAAACAGAAGCACAUUUGUUGGGGUACCUCGGUACUGCCCUGCCUGCGCUUUGUGGGUGUCAGCCAUUAUAUACUUUUUGGAUGCAACAUCAUCCAGAGCUGGCCAGGCUGCUCAGCGUUGGCCUAGGCCUCGUCUGAGUCUGAACUAAGAUGGCCAUCGCUCCCUGCUUCGGGAGACUGCAGCAGUUCUAUGUGUCAAAGCAGGCUGCGUUCCCUCAAGGCUGGUGUCACUUUGCUAAAGUGACAAGACAGGGAUUGUAUCCUGGUCCCUGUUACUGAUUGGGGAAGGGGAGAAAUAGAAGGGAAGGAUUUAUUCACAUUUACAAGACCUUUUACUAACUCUCUAGCUCCACCGUGUUAAAUAAGGCAUCCGUGCCUUGCAGCCCCUGAAACUGCAGAUCAAAUGACCAUCCUAAAGCAUGCCUCUUCACCUGUCACACGUAGGUUCAUCUGUUGCUUAAAAAAAAAAGAAAAGAAAAAAAAAGUGCUUUUCUGUGUGCAUGUUUUGUUUUUAUUGC